AUGUUAACGAUCAAAAAUACCAGAAAAAAUUCUUUGAUUCAUUCACCCGGUGGAGAAGCUCUUCGACUUCUUUUUAAUGGUUCUUGUGACGCAGAUGUUAAUAAUACCGUUGCCCAGGCCACUUUUAAUGAAAAAAAGUGGAUCUGGGUCGAGGAUAAAAAAGCGGGUUAUGUCGCAGGUUACAUAACUAAGGAUAUGGGAGAACAAGUGGAAGUCCACUUGAAUGAUGAUUCGAUACGAAUAGUUAAUGUUAACGAAACUGAUAAAAUGAAUCCACCUAAAUUUGAUAAGGUGGAAGAUAUGGCUGAUCUAACUUAUCUAAAUGAGGCUUCUGUUAUUCAUAAUCUUCGACUAAGAUAUCUUUCUAACUUGAUAUAUACGUACUCCGGACUCUUUUUGGUCGCCGUUAAUCCUUAUCAAAAAUUUCCGAUUUAUACCGAUGAAAUAAUUCGAUAUUACAAGAGCAAGCGGCAUCAUGAAAUGCCUCCUCAUAUAUAUGCAAUCGCGGAUUCUGCGUAUAAUGAAAUGCUACAAGAACGCGAAAAUCAAUCCAUAUUAAUUACUGGUGAAUCCGGUGCUGGAAAAACUGAAAACACAAAACGGGUCAUACAAUAUAUCGCUGCAAUUGCCGGUGAUAGUGCCGGUGAUAGUUCUAACACGAAAAUGCUUGGUAAACUCGAAUCACAAAUCCUUCAAACAAAUCCUAUACUUGAAGCUUUUGGAAAUGCAUUGACCAUUCGGAAUAAUAAUUCUUCGCGAUUUGGAAAAUUUAUUCGUAUUGAAUUUAAUUCAUCUGGUCAAAUCGUGGGUGCUAAUAUUGAACGUUAUCUGUUUGAAAAGUCUCGUGUAACUUAUCAAACCCCAGAAGAACGUAAUUUUCACAUCUUUUAUCAAUUAUUAAGAGGUGCUUCGCCUCAACUGAAAAGUGAAUUACUCCUGGAUGGAUCUUUAAAUGAUUAUAGAUUCACUAAAAAUUCAUUAAAAGACAUUGAAGGUGUCAAUGAUUCCACAGAAUACCAGACUCUUGUCGAUGCUAUGAAUGUAGUUGGUAUUUCAGAAAAUGAACAAAGUGAUCUAUUUCGAGUGGUUUCUGCGGUAUUACAUCUCGGAAAUAUUGAAGUAGCUUCAAGUAGAAACGAUCAAGCUCAAAUUUACGAAACUUCUUCUUCUGAAAAUGUUUGUAAUUUAUUGGGUAUACCUAUUGCGGAAUUUACAAAAGGUCUUCUUAAUCCUCAAGUCAAAGCUGGUAGAGAAUGGGUUACUCAAGCAAGAACUAAGGAACAAGUUCUUUAUUCUAUUGAAGCUCUUGCAAAAUCUUUAUACGAACGAAGUUUUUUUGCUUUAGUUGAUCGAAUAAAUAAGGCUAUAUACAGACCUAAGAAUAGUUCUUAUUUCAUUGGAGUUUUGGAUAUUGCCGGAUUUGAAAUUUUCAAACAAGAAGAAUAUAAGCUUGAAGGUAUUGAAUGGAAAUUCAUUGAUUUUGGCUUGGAUUUACAGCCAACAAUUGACCUAAUAGAUAAAGCCAAUCCUGUCGGUAUUUUAUCUUGUCUUGAUGAAGAAUGUGUAAUGCCGAAAGCUACUGAUAAAACAUUCGUCGAGAAAUUGCAUAGUUUUUGGAAGGAUAAAUCUCCAAAAUAUCAAGUUCCUCGUUUUCAACAGGGCUUCAUUCUACAACAUUAUGCCGCCAAAGUAGAGUAUAAAACAUCUGGAUGGCUUGAUAAAAAUAAAGAUCCUCUUAAUGAAAAUAUUACAAAAUUAUUGGCUCGAUCCUCUAAUCAAUAUAUUGCUUCACUUUUUUCUGAUUAUCUUGGUGAUAUAACUGAUAAUGAUAAAAAGAAUAGAGUUAAACGUGGUGUUUUCAGAACAGUUGGUCGUCAUCAUAAAGAACAAUUACAUUCUUUAAUGCAACAACUUUAUUCAACUCAUCCUCAUUUUGUACGUUGUAUUAUUCCUAAUGAAGAAAAAUGUCCUGGAAAAAUUGAUGUUCCUUUAGUUCUUGAUCAAUUACGUUGUAAUGGUGUUUUAGAAGGAAUUCGUAUUUGUCGUGCUGGAUUCCCAAAUCGAUUAUCCUUUAAUGAAUUUCGUCGUAGAUAUGAAAUUUUAACUUCUGGAAUUAUUCCUAAAGGUUUCAUUGAUAAUAAAGUUGCUGCUGAAAAACUUUUGGAUGCUUUUAAAUUGGAUACUUCUCAAUAUCGUAUAGGAUCAAGUAAAAUUUUCUUUCGGGCUGGUGUGUUAGCAGAAUUAGAAGAAAUCCGAGACACAAAACUUUCUCAACUAUUCAGCGAUUUUCAAGCUCAUUGUAGAGGUUGGCUUGCACGAAAAGCUCAUGUAAAACGUAAUGAAAGACUUCGCGCUGCUAUUAUUAUACAAAAAAAUAUCAGAGCACUUAAUUCAUUAAAAGCGAACCCUUGGUGGAAACUUUUUUUAAAGAUCAGACCAACCUUAAAUUGUACUAAAGUUGAUGAAUUACAACGACAAAUUCGACUUAGAGAUGAUAAAAUACUCAUUGAUAAAGAAGAAAUUUUGAAACAAACACGUCAAAGAGAGAUAGAUCUUGAAGAUGAAGUUAAAGAAUUAAAUGAUGAACUUGAAGAAAUUGCUGGAAAAUGUGAACAACUUUCACAAUCAAAGAAAAUUUUAGAAAGUAAAAUGCAAGAUCGUGGUCUUUUGGAUGUACAAGCUCAAUUAUUAGCUCAACAAGAAGUAAAAAACAAUCAAAAGGAAAUUAUCCAUAUUGAACAUUCUAAUAAACUAAAAAGGAAAUAUUUGUAUUUACAAAAUAUAUCAGAUGACUAUUUACGUAGUGAACAAAGAACUCACUGA